CGCGGGGACACAAGGCGUCUGAGGAGGGCUGUGUUGCACUGCGCAUGCGCCGUCUGUACCCUCGGUCAGAUAGUGGAAUCCUCUCCUUGUAAUUUUUCUAAGAAAGGACCCGAAAAAAAAAUUCAAUGGCUAUUCCUCUCUUCGCGCCAGUGUAAACAGAAAGCGGCCGGUCUCAAAUCGCGAUACACCGGACCAGAAACUUCACCGACUAACCAACUUUUUUUUCAAUUAUUGUUUUUUUUUUUUUUUAAAUAUCGAGCGCUGAAAUGCUGCUUGUGGAGUAUGGGUACAACUGCCAGCGCCGCGCCACAGCCUGUGUCCACCGCGUCGCCUCUUGAGAGUGUCCACGGCAACGGGAUGGCCGACAGCCGGCAGUCUCUUAGCAUGAGCUCCUUUCAGACAGUCAACAUCCACAACAACAAGGCCAAGUCCAUUAUCACCAACAAGGUGGCACCUGUCGUCAUCACGUACAAUUGCCGACAGGAGUUUCAGAUUCACGAUGACAUCCUCAAGACCAAUUACAAAGUGGGCCGGAUAUCAGACGCUAUGCCCGAGCAUUAUUUGGUUCAGGGCGAGUACUUCAUGGUCCAGGACGUGUACGGAAAAGCUGAUGUCCUCAACACCACUGCAAGCUAUGGGGCUCCCAACUUCCGCCAAGUCAAGGAAUCGUACCCCCUGUUUGGGAUGGGCCAGCCAACCGUGAAUGGCUUCAAACAGGUUCUCCACUGGCUGCAGGCGCAAGGCCACGAGGAAGUAAUAUUUUUCUGUGUCAGAGAGGAGCCUGUGGUUUUCAUGCACAAGGAGGACAACUUUAUACCGUACACCCCCAGGAGGAAGGAAAACCUUCAUGAGAACCUCCACGGGCUAGAAAAGGAGGAGCUUGUGGAAAGCCUGGAGCUGACCAUCAGGAAGGAGCUCCACGACUUCGCCAAACUCAACGAAAAUGUUUUCUACGUCUACAACGACAUCGAAUACUUCAAGGACGAACCGCAGAAAAUAACCAUCACGUGUGAGGAGGACAUCCACGUGACCGAGGAGGUCUAUAAGAGACCCAUGUUCACCAUGCCGCUCUACAGGUACUACCGAUUGCCGCUGCCGGCGGAGGGAGCGCCCCUGGAGGAAGACUUCGAUGCGUUUGUGAGCGUACUCAGGGAGAGCCCCAGCCUGUCUCUGGGCCAGGAUGUGUCCCGGCCUCUGCCCGCCCUGCUCUUCAGCUGUCAGGUGGGCGUCGGACGCACCAACCUGGCCAUGAUCCUGGGUACACUGGCCAUGAACCGCCUGAGGGACACGUCACCGCAGCAGCAACGAGCUGAGGAGGCAGCAGCGUCGGACUCCAAGCCGCUGUUUCAAGUCAUUCAGUCCCUGAUCAACAAGCUGCCAAAUGGGCCGCAGCUCAUGGAGGAGGUUGAUCAGGCUAUUGCCCUGUGUUCUGAAAUGCACAACAUCAGAGAAGCAAUAUACGAGAACAAGAGUAAGCUGGAAGGACUCGGAGAAGAUUAUCAAAUUCAGGGAAGCAGCACCAAAGAGUACUUUCUGCACCGAACAAUGCAGAGUUUGGAGCGCUACUUCUACUUGAUUGUGUUUAACGCAUACCUUCAUGAACAGUAUCCUCUUGCCUUUGCGUCCAACUUCAGCCAGUGGAUGUGCUGCCAUGCGUGGUUGUACAGGUUACUGGCCUGCAUGGAUUUAUCAGAGCUUUCGGCCCCCGCUGACCUCGUCACACGAGGAGCCCGCGUCUUGGUUGCGGAUGAGUACUUGGCUCCAGACGUGCUCAGCACAGUGAAGGAGAUGAAGGUGGCCAACUUCAGACGCGUUCCCAAAAUGCCUGUUUAUGGGAUGGCGCAGCCAACAUCAGAGGCUAGCAGUGCGGUGUUGGCCCACUUGACGGAUGAGAAGAGGAAGCAUGGCCACGUGCUGUGGGUUAACCUGCAGGAGGAGCUGGUGUUGGAAGGGAAUGGCCAGGUGUUCACCACCAGGGAGCCCUCUCGUCUGGACCAACACAUUUCUGUUCCUUCUUCUGACCCGCAGCUAAUAGAGAAACUGGAGAUGUCUCUGAAAGAGGAGAUCCUGCGAGCACAGAAGUGGCUUGAGGUGACACUGGAGCAGGACAAACAGAUGAAGAUGUUUAAGAGCUGCCUGAGCGUCCAAGAGGCCUUCAACCAGCACAAAAGCUCUCACCAAGGCCUGAUCUACAAACGCAUCCCUCUGCCCGAAUGUAGCGCACCUAGAGAGGAGGACUUUGACAAGCUGAUGGAGGCGAUGAAGAGUGCCUUGGCUGAGGAGUCCAAUUCAGCCUUUGUAUUCAACUGCUCCAAUGGCAAAGGCAGGACCACCACCGCCAUGGUCAUCGCUGCUCUCACCCUCUGGCACUUUAACGGGUUUCCAGAGUUUGGGGAUGAUGAAAUAGUGAGCGUUCCUGAUGCCAAGUACACAAAGGGAGAAUUUGAGGUGGUGAUGCGGCUGGUGCGUCUGCUGCCAGAUGGCCACAGGAUGAAGAGGGAGGUGGACAUGGCUCUGGACUCCGUCAGCGAGACCAUGACCCCAAUGCACUACCACCUGAGAGAGAUCAUCAUCUGCACGUACAGACAGAUCAAAAGCGGCAAGACGGAGAAGGAGUCGAAGCAGCUGCUGCUGAAGAGCCUGCAGUGCCUGGAGCGCUACAUGUACCUCAUCCUUUUUAACACCUACCUUCACCUAGAGAAGAAAGACUCGUGGCAGCGCUCCUUCACCGUCUGGAUGGAUCAGGUGGCUGCCAGGGCCGGGGUUUAUGACAUCCUCAACCAGCUGGGUUUCUCAGAGUUUGAAAACCUGAGAGACAUGCCACUGGCCCGGCUGCGCUGUCGCUGGCAGCAGCAGAACAUCCAAUCAAUUCCAUUUCGGGGGGAGUUCAUUUGAGAGAAGGACCACUGUGAACGAGCCAAAACAACACUGUGUUGCUCUUAACAAACAGUCUGAUGGUGUUAUUCCCUCUUUAUUCAGCCAUUUGGAUUGUGUUUAUCUUCUCUCUCUUGUUUGUGAUACUGCUCUCUUCAAACUCACUGGCAGCGUUAACCCGAGUUCAUUAAUUCUUCUGUACCGGCAUAUAAUCAGAUUCAGAGUCGUUGGCGCCUGUCAUUGUCAUAUUUUAUCCGAACCUUGCUAUUAAACUGCAAGAGGGUAUUUGUGCCUUUGAUUCGUCUGUUGUUUUGUUUUAUAUAAAAUCUGGGAACAUUGGGUUUCAUUGUAAUAAUAUAUAUGUAAAUUUUCUAGAAGGAAGUCGGAAAAAUAAUGACCUUAAAUUGAGCUCAUAUAAUGCAGCUGACUUGACCAGCGAGUUCGCUCAAGGUCAUUAAAGGGGAAACUAGGACAGUGUCUUAACACUUUCUGUAAGGUUUAAAUGGACUUAAACGUUCCUGUGGCAGCGCUUUGUACAACUUUUCUUGUCAUAUAUGACCGCCGACCAUUUUCAUAGUUCUGCAACAUGUUGGCUGUCUCUAAGUGUGUUGUUUAAUUUUGGCUUUGAUUGAAAAUGUUCAUACAUAUUGGGGGGGGGGGGACCCUCACCAGGUGAAUUAUGUUGUGUUGAAUCUGUUCAAAUGUUAAUUUGGCUUGAUUCUUUUUUCUUUCUUUUUUUCAUGCUUUUUCUUUAUUUUUCCA